AUGACUGUUGUAUCCCGUGAGAACCAGGACGAGACUGUGGUAGUUGCUCCCCUGUACCAAGAUGAUUGCGACGUGGAGCUGGGCGAUCAGGAGUGUAGCGAGAGGGUCGUCAUCAACAUCUCCGGGCUGCGGUUCGAAACUCAACUGAAGACCCUCGCGCGCUUUCCCUCUACACUCUUGGGAGACCCACGUAAAAGGAUGCGCUUCUUCGAUCCUUUGAGAAAUGAGUACUUUUUCGACAGGAAUAGACCCAGCUUUGAUGCCAUCCUUUAUUAUUACCAGUCUGGAGGAAGGCUUAGGAGACCUGUCAACGUUACCAUGGACAUUUUCAUGGAAGAAAUAACAUUUUAUGAAAUCGAAGAGGAGGCCAUAGAGAUGUUCAAAGAAGAUGAAGGUAUGAUCAGAGAGGUGGAACGUCCGAUGCCUGACAACGAGUUUCAGCGCCACAUGUGGUUGUUGUUUGAGUACCCGGAGAGCUCGGGGCCUGCCCGGAUGAUCGCUGUUGUAUCAGUCAGUGUGAUUUUGAUAUCCAUAGUGAUCUUCUGUUUGGAGACUUUGCCACGGUUCAGGGAAGAUCACAGCACAGACCUACAACUCAGUAAUCACCUCACCAAGAAUGGGACUACUCAACACAAAAAAACCAAUCUGUUGACAGACCCGUUUUUCAUAGUUGAGUCACUUUGCAUCGUGUGGUUUUCCUUUGAAUUUCUCAUGAGGUUUUUAUCGUGCCCCAGCAAACCGGGUUUCUUCAAAAACGCCAUGAACGUCAUCGACAUCUUAGCGAUUGCUCCUUAUUUCAUCACCCUUGGCCUUGACCUCGCAGAGCUACAGGGACCGGGAAGCGAGCAGGCCACGUCGUUAGCCAUACUCAGAGUCAUCCGUUUGGUUCGAGUCUUCAGGAUUUUCAAACUUUCCAGGCACUCCAAGGGUCUCCAAAUCUUGGGUCAGACACUCAACGCCAGCAUCAGCGAACUAGGGCUUUUGAUAUUCUUUCUUCUCAUAGGGGUUAUUCUGUUCUCCAGCGCCGCUUACUUUGCAGAGGCAGACGACCCUGAAUCGGGAUUCACGAGUAUCCCCGCCGCAUUUUGGUGGGCGGUGGUGUCCAUGACUACGGUUGGAUAUGGAGACAUGUGCCCAGUUACUAUUGGCGGCAAAAUAGUGGGAUCUUUGUGUGCCAUCGCCGGAGUGCUGACCAUAGCCCUACCUGUCCCUGUCAUCGUUUCCAAUUUUAAUUACUUCUAUCACAGAGAACGUAAUGAUGCGGAAACCGCCGUGUAUACCCACGUGACUUGUGGUCAACAGAACGCUUCAUUUGGGGAAUUCAAAUCGACCAGCGACAGCAAACAGUCCCUCGCCAAAUCAGAGUACAUUGAAGAUGAUUCUUUCGAGACUAUCAGAUUUACUAACUUCAGCCCAUUUGAACAUUACACUGGCAAGCUGACGGAUGUAUGAAAAAACAAGCAUCUGCCUAGCUGAGCAGAAAAACCUAUCUCGGUGAGUAGCCAGCCUGAGUACAUUUACGCGCGCUUUUACGCAAUAUCUCUUUUACUCUCAAUAGUUUGAAUUAAUUUGUUGGAUACCUUCAGUUGGCCUAUAGCUUCAUCACAGUCAGUGUCCGGCCUAUGUGUAUGUUUGAAUAAUUACGCGCGGUUUUACGCACGCUAUUACGCACAGUGUUUGUUGACAUAUCAUCUUAAAAUAGCUGGAAUUAAUUUGUUUGACAGCUUCAAUAGGCCUAAAACUGUAUUACAGGUCAAUAGCAUACAGUGUUCAGUGGCCACAACAACUUUUAAAACUGGGUUGCUUUUGGAUAGUUUAUAGAAUUUCUGAACUCGGAGCGCCACUGUGUGGUUGAAACGCAGUCGUGCAGCAGAUGCUUCUCAGGUAAAACAUUCAAACAGCUAUUUCCGUUAUCUGAACAGUGUGCAAGACGUUGCUGAUUAUCAAGUGUGUGCGUUGUUUACUUAUGACUGUGCAUAAAUUGUCCCUAAAAACGUGUUAGUGACAUUUUGGACAGAAGUGAUGGAAUGUCACCAUACAAAAAAAAAAACAUUCUCGUCUUUUUACUUCCAGGUCAAAGACCAUUGCCUUUCUGCUCCAGUUGAAACGAAAUGCAGGCUUAUUCCAGAUAUACUUGUAACUUGAAAAAGUGAAGAUAGAGAACAAAAAAACGCACAUGACAUGUCUCCAUGAACUAUUGGCCAGCAAUGUGAGAUUACAGGUGCUGCUACAUCAUCCAAUGGAGAGCUCUGCAUUUAGGAAACGGAUCAUCUUUGAAAAUCAAUGAACCUUUCAAAGUAUUUUGCAAUGUAUUCAAUGAACUCUGAAAGAACUACUGUAGAUAUCCUGUCGUGUAUUGUUGUAAAUAGGCCUGUAUUGUAAAUUCGAUCCUUGUGCUCAGCUCAGAAUCUUAAUGCGAACAUAUCUUGCUCUGUGUGCCUUUAUGUGGAUGAUUUCAAAGGAACUAUUUGUGUAGUCCUUUAUUUUAUUUAACUAUUUAUUGUACAGAAAUUCCGAUUUUGCUAGAAACGUUUCUUGGGAAGCUAGUUUUAAAAUAACUUACCCAUAGGAAUCUUAUUAAGUCUGCAUGUAAGGAGACAUCAAUUGUGCUAAAAAAAUGUCAUGAAGAUAUAUUUCUAUUUUUGUAAGAUUGUAAAAAUGUAUGUGAACUUUUGAACAAUAUUUUUUAAUAAAUGCCUAUUAUUUUUCAGAAAAGACUUCAAUGUGUCCUUUAUUGUUAUUGUUCUGGGUGGACCUUUACACACAGUGGCAAUGAGGCCCUUUAUCUACACUGAACAAAAAUAUAAACGCAAAAUGCAACAAUUUCUAAGAUUUUACUGAGUUACAGUUAAUAUUUUUUAUAUUAUUUCUAUUUAACCUUUAGUUAACUAGGCAAGUCAGUUAAGAACACAUUCUUAUGUACAAUGACGGCCUACCAAAAGGCAAAAGGCCUCCUGCAGGGACGGGGGCUGGGAUUAAAAUAUAAAUAAAUAUAUAUAUAUAAAUAUAGGACCAAACACACAUCACAACAAGAGAGACAACACAACACUACAUAAAGAGAGACCUAAGACAACAGCAUAGCAUGGCAGCAACUUACGACAACACAGAAAGGUAGCAACCCAACAUGAAAACAACAUGGUAGCAAUAUAUAAGGAAAUCAGUCAAUUUAUAUAAAUUCAUUAGGCCCUAAUCUAUGGAUUUCACAUGACUGGUCACAGAUACCUUUAAAAAAAGGUAGGGGCGUGGAUCAGAAAACCAGUCAGUAUCUGGUGUGACCACCAUUUGCCUCAUGCAGCGUGACAAAGCUGCUUCACAUAUAGUUGAUUGUGGCCUGUGGAAUGUUGUCCCACUCCUCUUCAAUAGCUUUGUGAAGUUUCUAGAUAUUGGCGGGAACUGGAGCGCGCUGUCGUACACGUCGAUUCAGAGCAUCCCAAAUCUGCUCAAUGGGUGACAUGUCUGUUGAGUAUGCAGGCCAUGGAAGCACUGGGACAUUUUCAGCUUCCAGGAAUUGAGUACAGAUCCUUGCGACAUGGGGCUGUGCAUUAUCAUACUGAAACAUAAGGUGAUGGCGGCGGAUGAAUGGCACAACAUUGGGCCUCAGGAUCUGAUCUCUGUGCAUUCAAAUUGCCAUUGAUAAAAUACAAGUGUGUUCGUUGUCCGUAGCUUAUGCCUGCCUGCCUGCCCAAACCACAACCCCACCGCCUCCAUGGGGCACUCUGUUCACAACGUUGACAUCAGCAAACCGCACGCCCAAGCGACGCCAUGCACGUUAAUCCGUGAAGAGCACACUUCUCCAGCGUGCCAGCGGCCAUCGAAGGUGAGCGUUUGCCCACUGAAGUCAGUUACGACGCCGAACUGCAGUCAAGUCAAGACCCUGGUGGGAACGACGAGCAUGCAGAUGAGCUUCCCUGAGACGGUUUCCGACAGUUUGUACAGAAAUUCUUCGGAUGUGCAAACCCACAGUUUCAUCAGCUGUCCAAGUGGCUGGUCUCAGACGACCCUGCAGGUGAAGUAGCCGGAUGUGGAGGUCCUGGGAUGGCGUGGUUACAUGUGGUCUGCGGCUGUGAGGCCGGUUGGAUGUACUGACAAAUUCUCUAAAAUGACGUUGGAGGCAGCUUAUGGUAGAGAAAUAAACAUUAAAUUCUCUGGCAACAGCUCUGGUGGACAUUCCCGCAGUCAGCAUGGCAAUUGCACUCUCAAAACUUGAGACAUCUGUGGCAUUGUGUUGUGUGACAACAUUUUAGAGUGGCCUUUUAUUGUCCCCAGCACAAGGUGCACCUGUGUAAUGAUUAUGCUAUUUAAUCAGUUCUUGAUAUGCCACACCUGUCAGGUGGAUGGAUUAUCUUGGGAGAAGAGAAAUGCUUACUAAUAGGGAUGUAAACAAAUUUGUGCACAAAAUCUUUUAUUUCAGCUCAUAUAUUUAUAUUAUGUUCAGUGUACUUCCCCAGAGUCAGAUGAACUCGUGGAUACCAGUUUUAUGUCUCUACGUGUAGUUUGAAGGAAGUUGCUAACUAGCGUUAGCAAAAUUGAGUUUGAAUACAUUUUUAUUUUUACAGGGACAUUGCACAUUAAUCAACGUUUCAGUAAAAGUGCCGGUUUUAGCCAGCCGGGUAAUUUUAAACUGCAGUCCCUGGGCAGGUUAUUAAAAACAAUUACAAUAACAAUACAGACAAACAAUUAGCAGUGAGCACAUGCAGAGCAACAUAGAACAAGCAGACAGAGCAAUAGCACAAAAAGCAACAAAACACAAUACAGUGCCUUCGGAAAGUAUUCAGACCCCUUUACCUUUUCCACAUUUUGUUAUGUUACAGCCUUAUUCUAAAAUUGAUUUUAAAAUAUUAUAAUCAGCAAUCUGCACACAAUACCCCAUAAUGGAAUGCGAAAAGAGGUUUGCAGAACAUUUUGCAAAUUUAUUUAAAGUAAAAAAACAGAAAUACCUUAUUUACAUUAGUAUUCAGACCCUUUACUAUGAGACUCGAAAUUGCGCUCAUGUGCAUCCUGUUUCCAUUGAUCAUCCUUGAGAUGUUUCUACAACUUGAUUGGAGUCCACCUGUGGUAAAUUCAAUUGAUUGGACAUGAUUUGGAAAGGCACACACCUGUCUAUAGAAGGUCCCACAGUUGACAGUGCACAUCAGAGCAAAAACCAAGCCACGAGGUCGAAGGAAUUGUCCGUAGAGCUCCGAGACAGGAUUGUGUUGAGGCACAGAUCUGGGGAAGGGUACCAAAACAUUUCUGCAGCAUUGAAGGUCCCCAAGAACACAGUGGCCUCUAUCAUUCUUAAAUGGAAGAAGUUUGGAACCACUCUUCCUAGAGCUGGCCGCCCGGCCAAACUGCGCAAUUGGGAGAGAAGGGCCUUGGUCAGGUAGGUGACCAAGAACCCAAUGGUCACUCUGACAGAGCUCUAGAGUUCCUCUGUGGAGAUGGGAGAACCUUCCAGAAGGACAACCAUCUCUGCAGCACUCCACCAAUUAGUCCUUUAUGGCAGAGUGGCCAGACGGAACCACUCCUCAGUAAAAGGCACAUGACAGCCCGCUUGGAGUUUGCAAAAAGGCACCUAAAGACUCAGACCAUGACAAGCAAAAUUCUCUGGUCUGAUGAAACCAGGAUUGAACUCUUUGACAUGAAUGCCAAGCAUCACUUCUGGAGGAAACCUGGCACCAUCCCUACGGUGAAGCAUGGUGGUGGCAGCAUCAUGCUGUGGGGAUGUUUUUCAGCGGCAGGGACUGGGAGACCAGUCAGGAUCGAGGGAAAGAUGAACGGAGCAAAGUAGAGAGAGAUCCUUGAUGAAAACCUGCUCCAGAGCGCCCAGGACCUCAGACUGGGGUGAAGGUUCACCUUCCAACAGGACAACGACCCUAAGCUCACAGCCAAGACAAUGCAGGAGUGGCUUCGGGGACAAGUCUCUGAAAGUCCUUGAGUGGCCCAGCCAGAGCCCGGACUUGAACCCGAUCAAACAUCUCUGGAGAGACCUGAAAAUAGCCGUGCAGCAACGCUCCCCAACCAACCUGACAGAACUUGAGAGGAUCUGCAGAGAAGAAUGGGAGAAACUCCCCAAAUACAGGUGUGCCAAGCUUGUAGCGUCAUACCCAAGAAGACUCGAGGCUGUAAUCGCUGCCAAAUGUAAAGGGUCUGAAUACAUUUACAUUUAAGUCAUUUAGCAGACGCUCUUAUCCUGAGCGACUUACAAAUUUGUGCAUUCAACUUAUGAUAGACAGUGGGACAACCACCCAAUUUUAUAUUUUAUUGUUUGUUUUUUAGUUUUGUUUUUUAAAUUGGUGGGUGGGGGAGAGGGGGGGGGGGGUAGAGGCAUUACUUUUAUACUAUUCCAGGUAUUCGUUAAAGAGGUAGGGUUUCAAGUGUCUCCGGAUGGUGGUCAGUGACUCUGCUGUCCUGGCGUUGUGGGGGAGCUUGUUCCACCAUUGGGGUGCCAGAGCAGCGAAUAGUUUUGACUGAAAUAUAUUUUGAUUUAACACUUUUUUGGUUACUACAUGAUUUCAUAGUUUUGAUGUCUUCACUAUUAUUCUACAAUGUAGAAAAUAGUAAAAAUAAAGAAAAACCCUUGAAUGAGUAGGUUUUCUAAAACUUUUGACUGGUAGUGUAUAUAUAUAUAUAUAUAUAUAUAUAUAUAUAUAUAAUGUUUUUUUAUUCACAUCCAUAAAAAGUCCCCUACUUUUCAAAAGUAAUGAAAAUAUAUGUUAUUGUUUGUUUAAGCCUAUUAGACCAUUUUAAAAACACAUAGCAAAGGACAAUUUCAUGAAUAGAACAUUUAUUUCCAUUGUGUUCUAUAAAACAAGUGAACAGGUAUAGCUUAUCCCAAAUGAUCAGACACCGCCUUACGAUCACUCAUGCAGCCCUUCUAAAAAAAAAGUCAUCUCACUUCAUUGCCUUUGAAAAGCCGCCUGUCCUUGAAUGAACUCAGUGCAGCUUGAUGCAAAUCAAUCUUAAAACAGUAACCUGCGUGUUUCGUCCUAUCGAUUAGACUGACAGGACCAACACCAACAGAACGUUGCACCAUGCCGGAGGAAGGGCAGGGGGUGGAAUGUCAGGAGGAUAAUGAUCGAGCGGUCUGUUCUGAGACGCGGUGCUCGCGACCGCUGUCCAUGGUGCUGAAGCAAGCCACUCCUUGUUGUGCUGAAACGGUCUGCACCGCGGCCGCUCUUUCCGGCCAUUGGCCACUCACAGAAUUGAGCGGAGUUAGAAUAUGAACAGCUGAGUGUUGUAAUGUAAACUGUAUGAAGUAAUGACUGUGCCAAGUUAGACUACUCUGUCUCAGCCAUAUAAUAUUACUUUAUAAGUAGCCUAUCAUUAAUAUUAGGACCAUUGUUGAGUGUUUGGGAAAUAAUGAUUAAGAUACCGGCUCAUCACCCUCCAGCGGAGCAGAUAUUGCACCAGUGCUGGCACACACAAAUGCUCUUGUUUUUGUGCUGUAGAGAGCACUCGUGGCAGUAUAGCCACUCUGCAUUGCGUCGAACACCCCUACUCCCCCCCCCCCCUCCCCCCCUCUCUCUCUCUCUCUCUCUCGCUCUCUCACCGCUUCCCUCUAUCUUCUCCUCCACUCUCAUUGCAUGUGAAAUACCUAAGAACAAUAUACUGAACAUUAUUAAGAAAUUAUUAUAUCUUCACAUAAUCGAUUCCUCCCUCUGUGCCGGAUCGAGGAUAAUUGUUUUUAUAGAAUGCCCCUCAUCUUGUCUACUCGUAACAGGACAUUUCUGCUGAUGCGGUAAUGUCUGGAAAUGGCAAGGGUUCGCUUAUUGCCCCUUAAUGUAUCCCCCUCCCUGAAUUGCAGCAUAAUAAUUUAUCCUGCUCUAUAAGCCAUUCACACCGAAGUGCCCAACCGCACAAGCGGCUACAGGCUACAGAAGUUGCGGCUUACAGUUCGUUUUUCUCUCUUUUCCCAUCUUCACGUUUCUCUGACUCCAGCGUGAUUUUAUAUCGAAUGUCAAGAGACGGGAUCAAGAUGUAGACCAAUAAGACACUUAAGUUAUCCGAUACGAAUAGCUCAGACAGUGAUGUCUUUAGUGUUUUAGUCUAUACCAUGGCCUGCACAGCGGAAAGCUCCAAUGUGUUGCGGUGGGGUGCGUUGUGAAGUGUUAAUGUAUUAACACAUGCCAACAAAGCUACGGCAGUCCUGGCUGUCCUAGCCGUUGGAUGACUGUGCUGAGUCGUGGACAAGACGCAUUCCUUCAGGAUUCCUUCAAGAUCAUCCUGAGGUAAGCCUUGAAACGUGUGCACUCUGUCUGUCUGUCAUUUAUAGGGGUCGGGGGAAUCCUUCCAAUGCUAUUGUUAUAAUAUUACUAUUAUUUAGUGACUGUGACAGUAAAUUGGUAUUGUUUUCUAUGACUUUUAGUGCAUUUAACGCUGAAUUAUUUGCGUGAGGCAGCCUAUAGGCCUAGGCAAGUUUCAAACAGUGUAAUGCGACAAAACAUGCAUAAAAAUGUAAUAAGAUAACAUUUAUAUAUAUAUAUAUAUAUAUAUAUAUAUAUAUUUGCUAUAUAGGCUAUAUAUAACAAUUACCCUGUCAAUUAUAAUAUGCAUAUUCGAUUGCUUUAUGUCUAGAUUAUCACCAAUAAAACAAUAUAAUUUGCCCCUUUAGACGCUGAUAAAUAGACAGGAAAUAUAGCCUAGAGGCUAAAUAAAUAAAUAACUGGCAGAAAUUGCUGAGCUAGCAAAUAUCUCUGCUGUUCCUUCAAUCCAUUAUUUUCUUGUUUUUCUCUGACUGGGUAACAGAGGCAGCAGCAGCAGAUGCAGCGGAGAGCAGCAAUGGUCGAGUCAGCGAGAACAGCAGUGGAGCCGCACUGAGGCAAAGCAAGCUAGCCCCUUAUCUGGGGACUAGGACAACACAUAGGGGGAGAAGAAGAAGAGAAAUUGAGAAGGAAAUUGUAUCAACCCAAAACCUGAAUGCCGCCUGUUCAAUCAGAUUAACCGGAUAACCGGAAUUCCAAAAGUCCUUGGACCUACAAGAUGACCGUAGUGGCAGGAGAUAACAUGGAAGAGACUGCAGCCGUACCGGGGCACCCGCAGGACACAUACCCUCCCGACCAUGAAGACCACGACUGCUGCGAGAGGGUGGUCAUCAACAUAGCGGGGAUGCGGUUCGAGACGCAGCUCAAAACUCUCUCCCAGUUCCCCGAGACAUUGCUAGGCAACCCCAAGAAGAGGAUGCGCUACUUUGACCACCUGAGAAACGAGUAUUUCUUUGACAGAAACCGUCCCAGUUUCGAUGCCAUCCUCUACUAUUACCAGUCCGGGGGUAGGCUGAGAAGGCCCGUCAACGUCCCGUUGGAUAUGUUCUCGGAAGAGAUAAAGUUUUAUGAGUUGGGAGUGGAUGCCAUGGAGAAAUUCCGUGAGGAUGAGGGCUUCGUCAGGGAGGAAGAACGUCCUUUACCUGAGAAGGAGUUCCAGCGUCAGAUCUGGCUGCUUUUUGAACACCCAGAGAGCUCGGGUCCAGCCAGAGGGAUUGCUAUAGUAUCUGUAAUGGUAAUUCUGAUUUCCAUAGUCAUAUUUUGUUUAGAGACUUUACCCGAUUUGAAAGAAGACCCUAGGGGUCGGUUUAAGACUGUAGGGAACCAUACCUUUUACUACAAACCAAACAUCCUAACCGACCCUUUCUUCAUUAUUGAAACUCUUUGCAUUAUCUGGUUCUCGUUUGAGUUGUUAGUGCGUUUUUUCGCGUGUCCAAGCAAGGCAGUCUUCUCCAAAAACAUGAUGAACAUCAUCGAUAUAGUGGCCAUCAUCCCUUACUUCAUCACACUGGGCACGGAGCUGGCUGAGGACCCCGAAGACCAGGACGAGGGCAUGGGGGAGCAGGCAACAUCUCUGGCCAUCCUCAGGGUAAUCCGUCUGGUCAGAGUGUUUAGAAUCUUUAAGCUGUCACGACACUCCAAAGGAUUGCAGAUCCUGGGACAGACCCUCAAGGCCAGUAUGCGCGAGCUCGGAUUGCUGAUCUUCUUCCUUUUCAUCGGAGUCAUCCUCUUCUCCAGCGCGGUGUACUUCGCAGAGGCCGAGGAGAAAGGGUCGUACUUCGGCAGCAUACCGGAAGCUUUCUGGUGGGCCGUGGUGUCUAUGACAACUGUGGGCUAUGGGGAUAUGGUGCCUGUCACUAUAGGGGGCAAGAUAGUGGGUUCCCUUUGCGCCAUUGCUGGUGUGUUGACGAUUGCACUUCCAGUGCCUGUCAUUGUGUCCAACUUCAACUACUUCUACCAUAGGGAGACCGAGGGAGAGGAGCAGGCUCAACUCUUAAACGUUAGUGAACCAAACAUUAGUGAAAGCAACUCUAGUCGCCGCAGCUCGUCCGCUGUCAGCAAGUCAGAAUACAUGGAAAUUGAUGGAGACAUUAAUAAUAGCAUCGACAAUUUUAGAGAGGCAAACCUCAGAACUGGCAAUUGCACUCUAGCAAACCAAAACUGUGUAAAUAAAAGCAAGCUGCUUACAGAUGUGUAG